AUGAUUGACCAAAAAACAUCAAUAAGACACAAAACUACUAAAGUAAAUGAUCAUGAAGAUCAUAAAGAUGUUCAUCUUCUAAAAAGACAAAAAAGAGAACACUUAAUAUCUACUCCUUCAUCUGAUGAUCUUUUGACAUUACAAUCCAAUAAACAUAAUCAAACAAAAAAUGAAAACCAAUAUUUUUGUAAUGGAAUAUCGAACAGUGAUAACGAAAGAAAGUUAUACCUAGCACAAAUACUUAAAGAAUAUGAAUGCCAAAGUAAGCUCUCUUCAAUGUCACUUGGAAUACUUUCAAAAUAUAAUUCAACUGAUUCCCUAUCUACACUUGUUUCCACAGAUGAUAAAUUGGGUACUCUUCCUACUUAUAAAAAAUAUAUAUUUAACGAUACCUCUUCAUAUUCACAUACUAUUCUUUUUAAUGAUACUACCAAUAUUGAUAUUCUUUCAAUUGACCCUCCUAUUAAAUAUUCAAAACAGACAAAUUUUUUGAAACCUUCAAUGACAUUUACUGGAUAUCAAAUAUCAGGAUAUAAGAGAUAUCAAGUUACAGUGACUUUAAAAACAGUUAAUUUUCCUGUCCAACACAACUAUAAAACCAAUAUAUCUUCGCCACAUAUGACAGGGUUUCUAUCAAUAAAAGGGUUGACAAAUUACCAAGAUGAAAUUUCUACAUUUUUUGAAUCAUUUGCUGUCACUGAUAAUAAUUUCGGGUUCUUCUCAUCUUCAUGGGAUUAUCAUCUUGAUUUAACCUCUUUUGAUUUCAACGAUUUUGAACAUUGGUUGAAUUUUCCAGCAUUUAAGGAAAUGUUUGAUAUUGAUCAAUUUAAUAAUAAAUCAAUCGACAUUAAUAUGAUAUCGAACCAUGUUAAAGAUUACCUAAACCAAAGAUAUAUUUUCAUGAGAUGGAAAGAGAAAUUUUUAAUUGAGAAUCCUGACAUGGAUACUAUCGAAGGUGCAUCAUUUGAUGGCUAUUAUUAUAUUGUACACGAUCAAUUUACGGGGAACAUUCAAGGUUUCUACUAUCACAAAGAUGCCGAAAGAUUUCAACAACUGGAAUUGGUACCUUACGCAAAAAUACCAGGUAGUUCAUCUCAUGAAUUUGUUUAG